GGACGAGGGCGGCGGCGUGGUGGUGGUACCAGGACGACUACUGCUCUGGCUCGGUGAUGUCGGAGCGGGUGUCGGGGCCUGGCGGGCUCCAUCUACCGAGAGUUCGAGCGCCUCAUCCACUGCUAUGAUGAGGAGGUGGUCAAGGAGCUCAUGCCGCUCGUGGUCAACGUGCUCGAGAACCUAGACUCGGUGCUCAGCGAGAACCAGGAGCACGAGGUGGAGCUGGAGCUGCUGCGCGAGGACAACGAGCAGCUGCUUACCCAGUACGAGCGGGAGAAGGCGCUGCGCAAGCAGGCCGAGGAGAAAUUCAUUGAGUUUGAAGAUGCUUUGGAACAAGAGAAGAAAGAGCUCCAAAUCCAGGUGGAACACUAUGAGUUUCAGACUCGCCAGCUGGAACUGAAGGCCAAAAACUAUUCAGAUCAGAUUUCCCGGCUGGAGGAGCGGGAGUCAGAGAUGAAGAAGGAGUACAACGCCCUGCACCAGCGGCACACCGAGAUGAUCCAGACCUACGUGGAGCAUAUCGAGAGAUCCAAGAUGCAGCAGGUUGGGGGAAACAGCCAAACCGAGGGCAGCCUGCCAGGGCGGAGUCCUCGCCAGUCAUGGAGGAAAAGCAGGAAGGAGCGCCCUACCUCCCUGAACGUCUUCCCCCUGGCCGACAGCACGGUACGUGCCCAGAUGGGGGGCAAGCUCGUGCCUGCGGGGGACCACUGGCACCUGAGUGACCUCGGCCAGCUGCAGUUGAGCUCCAGCUACCAGUGUCAGCAGGACGAGAUGUCCGAGUCGGGCCAGUCCUCGGCGGCUGCCACGCCUAGCACCACAGGCACCAAGUCCAACACGCCCACCUCCUCCGUGCCCUCGGCCGCUGUCACGCCCCUCAGCGAGGGCCUGCAGCCCCUGGGCGAGUACGGUGCCGGCACCAAGAACAGCAAGCGGGCCCGGGAGAAGCGCAACAGCCGCAACAUGGAGGUGCAGGUCACGCAGGAGAUGCGAAACGUCAGCAUAGGCAUGGGAAGCAGUGACGAGUGGUCUGACGUCCAAGACAUUAUCGACUCCACCCCAGAGCUGGACAUGGGUCGGGAGCCCCGCCUGGACCGCACGGGUAACAGCCCGACCCAGGGGAUCGUGAACAAGGCUUUUGGCAUCAACACUGACUCCCUGUACCACGAGCUGUCAACUGCGGGGUCUGAGGUCAUCGGGGACGUGGACGAAGGGGCCGACCUGCUAGGGGAGUUCUCAGUGCGCGAUGAUUUUUUUGGAAUGGGCAAAGAAGUGGGGAAUCUGCUGCUGGAGAACUCACAGCUUCUAGAAACCAAAAAUGCCCUGAAUGUGGUCAAGAACGACCUCAUUGCCAAGGUGGACCAGCUGUCGGGGGAGCAGGAGGUGCUGAAGGGGGACUUGGAAGCCGCCAGGCAGGCCAAACUCAGGCUGGAGAGCCGCAUCAAGGACCUGGAGGAGGAGCUGAGGAGGGUGAAGUCAGAGGCCAUCACUGCCCACCGUGAACCCAAAGAAGAGGUGGAGGAUGUAAGCAGCUAUCUCUGUACAGAAUUGGACAAGAUCCCCAUGGCUCAGCGCCGCCGCUUCACCCGGGUGGAGAUGGCCCGUGUGCUCAUGGAGCGGAACCAGUACAAGGAGCGGCUGAUGGAGCUGCAGGAGGCCGUGCGGUGGACCGAGAUGAUCAGGGCGUCCCGAGAGCACCCAUCUGUCCAGGAGAAGAAGAAGUCCACCAUCUGGCAGUUCUUCAGCCGCCUCUUCAGCUCCUCCUCCAGCCCACCUCCGGCCAAGCGGUCCUAUCCCUCUGUGAACAUCCAUUACAAGUCGCCCACCACAGCCGGCUUCAGCCAGCGCCGCAGCCAUGCCAUGUGCCAGAUCUCUGGCAGCCGGCCCCUGGAGUUCUUCCCAGAUGAUGACUGCACGUCCUCAGCCCGGCGGGAGCAGAAGCGCGAGCAGUACCGCCAGGUGCGGGAGCACGUGCGCAACGACGACGGGCGGCUGCAGGCCUGUGGCUGGAGCCUGCCGGCCAAGUACAAGCAGCUGAGUCCCAAUGGGGGCCAGGAGGACACGCGGAUGAAGAACGUGCCUGUUCCCGUGUACUGCCGUCCUCUGGUGGAGAAGGACCCCACCAUGAAGCUGUGGUGUGCGGCGGGCGUCAACUUGAGCGGGUGGAAGCCGAAUGAAGAGGACCCUGGGAAUGGAGUCAAGCCUGCGCCGGGCCGAGACCCUCUGACCUGUGACCGGGAAGUAGAAGGAGAGUCCAAGAGCAACCACACAUCCCCUGAGAAGAAGAAGGGAAAGGAGCUGCCGGAGGCAGACACCACCUCCAGCCGCGUGUGGAUCCUCACCAGCACCCUGACCACCAGCAAAGUGGUGAUCAUCGACGCCAACCAGCCGGGCACCGUCGUGGACCAGUUCACCGUGUGCAAUGCCCACGUCCUGUGCAUCUCCAGCAUCCCCGCGGCCAGCGACAGCGACUACCCUCCAGGGGAGAUCUUCCUGGACAGCGAUGUGAACCCCGAGGACUCCGGUGCCGAUGGUGUGCUGGCAGGCAUCACCCUGGUGGGCUGUGCCACCCGCUGCAACGUGCCACGCAGCAACUGCUCCUCCCGCGGGGACACUCCGGUGCUGGACAAGGGCCAGGGGGAGGUGGCCACCGUCGCCAAUGGGAAGGUCAACCCAUCUCAGUCCACGGAGGAGGCCACGGAGGCCACAGAGGUGCCAGACCCUGGGCCCAGUGAGACAGAGGUAGCCGCAGUACGGCCUGGACCCCUCACAGAGCACGUCUUCACGGACCCAGCCCCCACCCCACCCCCCAGUGCUCAGCCUGACAGUGAGAAUGGGCCAGAGGCCAAAGUGAGUGGUGUACAGCCUGAGCCAGAGCCCAGUGGGGACCCUGCCGGGGCCAGCAGCAGUGCCGCGCCCACCAUGUGGCUGGGAGCCCAGAAUGGCUGGCUCUACGUACAUUCAGCUGUGGCCAACUGGAGGAAGUGUCUGCACUCCAUCAAGCUGAAGGACUCGGUGCUGAGCCUGGUGCACGUGAAAGGGCGAGUGCUGGUGGCUCUGGCAGAUGGGACUCUGGCCAUCUUCCACCGAGGUGAAGAUGGCCAGUGGGACCUGAGUAAUUACCACCUGAUGGACCUGGGCCGCCCACAUCACUCCAUCCGCUGCAUGGCAGUCGUGUACGACCGUGUUUGGUGUGGCUACAAGAACAAGGUGCACGUCAUCCAGCCCAAGACCAUGCAGAUCGAGAAGUCAUUUGAUGCGCACCCACGGCGGGAGAGCCAGGUGCGGCAGCUGGCGUGGAUCGGUGACGGGGUGUGGGUGUCCAUCCGCUUGGACUCCACGCUGCGGCUCUACCAUGCCCACACCCAUCAGCACCUGCAGGACGUGGAUAUCGAGCCUUACGUCAGCAAGAUGCUGGGCACAGGCAAGCUGGGCUUCUCCUUUGUGCGCAUCACAGCCCUGCUCAUCGCGGGCAACCGCCUCUGGGUGGGCACCGGCAACGGGGUCGUCAUCUCCAUCCCACUGACCGAGACCGUGGUCCUGCACCGAGGCCAGCUCCUGGGGCUCCGUGCCAACAAGACAUCACCCACGUCUGGGGAGGGGACCCGCCCAGGGGGUGUCAUCCACGUGUAUGGUGAUGACAGCAGUGACAAGUCAGCCAGUAGCUUUAUCCCCUACUGCUCCAUGGCCCAGGCUCAACUCUGCUUCCACGGCCACCGUGACGCUGUCAAAUUCUUCGUAUCCGUGCCAGGGAAUGUGUUGGCCACUCUCAACGGCAGCGUGCUCGACAGCCCGUCUGAGGGCCCCGGGCCCGCUGCCCCCGCCGCCGACGCUGAGGCCCAGAAGCUGAAGAACGUGCUGGUGCUGAGUGGUGGCGAGGGCUACAUCGACUUCCGCAUUGGCGAUGGAGAAGAUGACGAGCCCGAGGAGGGUGCAGGGGAUGUGAGCCAGGUGAAGCCCAUGCUGUCCAAGGCCGAGCGCAGCCACAUCAUCGUGUGGCAGGUGUCCUACACCCCCGAGUGAGGCUGCGGCCUCCGGCACCCUGCCCCGCCCAAUGCCUGCCACCUGUACAUACAGCCCUGCCCACCUGCCCACCACCCGCCCUGCAGGCAGACAGGCACCCGUCCACCCCUCUUCUAACCUCUCAACCUGCAGCUUUCACCUUAGGUCCUGGCCUCCCUUUGAGCUGGCAGAGAGCAGCGAUGCAGGGCUGGCUGGGAGGGAGGCACGGGAGUGGGGUCAUUCUGACCAGGCAGGGGUAGCACCUCUUGGAACACCUUUUCCCUAGCAGCUGCUGGCUGGCACUCAGCCCACAGUCCUCAAGGCCCCAGGGCACUUCAGGGCCAGAGCAUGGCUGAACCCCGAGGUGGGUCAGGCCAGGAGACGCCCCUACAGGUGGCUCCCAGCUCCACCCUGGGCUCCCCACUCCCGUCACUCACUCCCAGGAUCCCCCUGAGGGGGAAGCAGGGACUUCACUCCGUGAGUCUUCCCACCCUGAGCCCACUUGCCUUUGCCUGCUGCCCACCAGCGUGGGGGUCCAACCCUCAGGGAACUGGCCUUCUCUAGCCUUCCCUGGACUCCCCCUACCCUAAUCCCUGCCGCCCUGGGAACUGGCAUGAAAGCACGUAACCAGGCUCCCUGGGGCACCUGCUUGAGAAAAUGGACAGAUGCCCUCACUUGCUCGAGUCCCAUGAUCGUCCUGUGUGGCAGUUUCUCACUGGCCCUCACUGACCCAUGUCCUCCCCCUGCCCUCCCUCCCCUGCCUGGGCAAAGACCAACCAUGUAGGAGCAGGCCCUCCAGUCAACUGCUCCCAGAAGUCUCUAGGAUGGAAUUUCUUAGGCUGCCAGGGCAGGCUCAAGCCUCAGGAAGAAGGGGAGGCCCCUGGCCCCUUGGAUGCAGGCUCAGUCUCAGGGUGAUGGGGAAAGGUGUGCUCCAGGCCUGCCCCUGUGCAGUCUCCAAGGAGCCCAGCUCCCAAGACACGCUACUAAGUGCCUAGGGCUGGCGGUGUGGCCUGCUCUCCUGAGGGCAACUGACGACAGGCUGCAGAGGUCCGAAGGGCGGAGGACAGGAGCCGCUUUCAGCCGGCUUUGAGGGGCACCGCCCUGGACUGCCACUACCCCCCAACCUGCCCAGGCCUUAUUCCUGUUCCUCGAGGCACAGAUCAGGGCAGCCCCAGGUCCUGCUGCCCACCCCUCCCACCAGAGAAGCACAGAUCUUGGGCAGCCAUCCUACAAGCCCAGCCGGCCACCGCCGCCACGUGCAGCUGCAGGCUUCUCCCUACCACCCCGCCACUCUCCACUGUGAUGUAUGUCAAGUCCCCUGUCUAUUCUCACAGGGCUAUGAAGUGACUCGGGGGGGUCGCCAGGGGGGUGCAGCUAGGGGAAGGGGCUGGGUGAUGAUUCUCCUCAGGCUUUGGCCCUGCAAGUGAACCUACGUAUCUGCUCUGUAUGUAAUAAAUGUCUUAAUACCAUA